CCCUCACCUUUUGUCAGCGGACAGUUCUUUCAUUAAUUUCACACCCAGCCCACAAGUAGUUUGCACUUUCCCCACCAUCAUCUCUAGCACACGAUGUGGCUUAUGCACAUCGCAUCACCGACACCGCGCUCCGGAUCACACCGUGACAAACCCCGGCGGCGGCGUUAGUGCAAGCAACACCACGCUUAACUGAUUAGUGCUCGUUAAUUUGUGCCGCUUUUCCCUCCGGGUGCUACGCCACUUACUACCACACACACCGCCAGCAAAUUACGAUGCAAAUACUAGACAGCGGGUAGCAUCCGCACACAAUGCGCCUUCUUGCUUGCUCCUCUCCAAAGUCCAAUGUGUCAAUAUUUACGACAGUGAAUAGAAGCGCGCUGAGGCUACAGAAAGAAGGAAUAGAAAAAAAAACUGUACUUAAAAUCUGUUCCUAGCACAUGGCACUAAAAACCUGCCUGCGCCACCGUUGACCUAAAACGACAUGGGGAGGGCUUAAUGACGAAAGUAAACGACGGGAACCUAGGCAGGGCGGCACUUCAAGCACCUGCUUCAAGAACCUGCGCCCAACGGGAUGAAACGGUCACGCGGAACGACGCCUGUGCUGUGUUGGCGCGGCCCAUGUGGUUGCGCUAAAUGCGGGAAAGCGUGUCGCGGAAUUUUCACUCCCAUCCCGGACCGACCGACCGAACAGGAGCAGUGCAUACACAUGCAUUUCCAUAUUUACAUACACGGUGGUGGUGACGGUUUAGAAACUGCUGGAACCAACAUUCUCGGUCACACUGUCGCAUCGUCACACCGGUGGUGCUUUGUCACAGUAACCAACAACGGGCAACGUGUUCUGGUAUGUCCGGACAGGACGACCACUUUUGCCUGUUGAACAAGCUGCCAUGCUUACUUACGGUACGGGCAGGUCUCUUGUUGGAAAUUAGGCUAAAAUGGGCAACACGGCAUAAAAGCAUCCCCAGAGAGACGGACGUCCUUCUCAUCUCAUACAGUCCAAUGGCCAUGUGGUAGAGUUUCUCGCAAUGCAUUUCCCCACGCUUGGAUGCUCCAAAUGAAAUGAAAAUCCAGUGCCCACAUUUCCAAACAACCAUCCGAACGAUCCUCUGAUGUCCAAUCCAGGAAUGGGAGGUUCAAAAAUCGCAAACAAACGUCACGCCACGAUGAUAUUGAUAAAUAUCGGGCAAACCGGGUCCUUACAGCAAACUGCUAUUACAUCGUUCGCUCCACAAAUGAAGUAGAAGCAUUAAAUGUCCGGUUUGCCCAUUGCGAACGGAGCCGCAGGUGGCGAAACUGUCUCUGCCCAACACUUUGGCGGGCUUGCGGAAAAGUGCAUAUCCGCAUCGUUAUGACUGCAUGGGGUCGCAUCAAUUCGUUCCCGAUGGAUGGACAGAUGGAUAGGGUUAACCCCCCCCCUUCAGUGCCGUGUUUAUGCAAACAUAAGCAAAGAUAAACUUUGUGUAACACGCCAUCCGGACGGUCACUGUUGGGAAAUGGGCAUCGAAAAACGGACAAGUUUUCAGUGGAGAUAGAAUUUUGGAUUUUCAAAAAAGCUCGAUUGAUGUGUCCUUGAAGAAUGUAAAAGAGAAAUAUAUAGAAGAGUUCGAGUAGUUGUUUUGUAUUACAGUUUUACAUAUAAUUUCAUUUUUUGACCACCAACAGCAACUUCUGUGAUUUUUUUCCCGCUGGUUCAAAUCGGUUUGAUUUGUUUUUCCACCCUUCGCCCCUUCAGUGCGGAUUGUUCCUCUCCACUGUCCGUGUCCACUAUUUGCAACAAAACCAGUCAAAGGGCACGCGAUCAGCCUCAGUAGCUGACCGGUUCCGGUUCCGGUUAGAAGGCUCGAAUUAAAAGAAAACGCGAAGCUCUUUAGCUUUUAGUUGGUUUAUUCGCGGUUCUAGUGCUUAAAAUUCCGUUUAUCAGCUUACUACCAGCCAAAAAGGUGCUUAAAAAAUGGCUUUUAUCCCAUUUUCCGUGGUUCACCGUAUCAUCGUUUUCUGCUUUCUUUUUGAAUUGUUCGUUUAUUCUAUCCUCCCCCGGCGCACGUUUCCAGAAUCGCAAUUCAAGAGGCUUAACCGCAGGCUGGAAUGUUUAUAUUCGACCAGUAAAGUACGAAAGGAGUGGAACUCUCCCAUGUUGUUUCAUUAAUUCCAUGUGCAAGAGGAGACACAGAUGACUCCCGUCGUUUUUAAUCCCGCUACAUUGUUCCAAGUAGCUGCCCAAAUUAUAACAGUGCAAAAGCUCUCUUAUGUGUGAGGAUGUGUGCUGGACAGUUGCGUUUCGCCGCAUAAUUGAAUCAUAAUUCCAUUCCUGCUGUUUCCAGGAUGGCAGCAGCGUUCGACACGUUUUGCAGCAGAUUUUUAGGUUUAUUUUAAUUAUUUUUUAAAUCUUUUCCAUUGCUUCGUUGGACAUGAAAGCGAGCAAAUUUUCCCCCUUUUUGUUGUUCGCCUUUUCCACGCCUCCAACCAGUACGCAAUGCACACAGAGAAGUGGACUGUAAAUCUUCUGCAUUCUUGUUCAAUUAACGCAACUCUUCCACUCCCGUUAAGCUGUUAAACUUGUGCUGCAUACGAAGCGUUCAUUAUUGGCAGGAUUGGAUGCUGUUUUUUUGUUUGUAUUCGGCUCGUUUUAAUAUUAAAUUUUAAUAACGAGUCAGAAUCGUGUGUGUGCGAGUGAGCAUCUAGCAUUUCUGCGAAGGCGAGAGACCCUUUUGAUGCAUUUUCCCAGGCGGCACACGUCGUUAUUUGCCAUUACUGACCGGCCCCGUUGAAAGGGGGUAAUUGGAAGUCGAAAUCACCACCGAAGGGAUAUAUAUAUAUAGCCUCCUCCCCAAGCACGUGGCGCGUGAGAGUGAAUUCGAUCCAAAACGGCUUCAAAGGGAUAAGAGUUCAAACGCUGCCUCGGUUCGUUACACGGUUGAUGGGUGAACAAAAAAGGAGCACAGACACACACACACAAACACACGCGCUCUAAAUGGUUUAAAGCUACUUAACCUGGGCACUGGUAUUUGGAAUUCUCGUUUAAAGCCCAAGAGCAUGCAAAACUUCCAACCCAUACCGUAAACUUUAAUUAUCCAAAUGUCCCACACAGCAACGGCUGCAGCCACCAGGUGGAAAAUACAUGUUUGUGGAUAAGCACAAAUAGAGCACCCUCCAUCGCUCCACCUUUCCCCCAGAUUACACAUACCUUGUACCAACGGAAGGGACCAGCAAAAAGGUGUUCUCAAUGUUCCAAAAAACCGUCCAAACCCUAUCAUAACCCAACGCCCAGGCACACACACACACGCACCGGACCAGAUGGUGCCAUACCGAUAUUUUCGAUAAAAUUUGCCAAAAAAUUGGCUCGGCCCGCCACUAAGCACACACACCGGGGCCGAGGUUUUCGUGCUAAGGAGAUGCAAAGAAAAAAAAGAAGGACAGUAUCAUCCCAUUACCUUCCGACCCGGGUCUCCGCACAUGGAUUAUGGCAACGGGCAACCCAGUGAGCUGAAAAAUUGGAAAAUGAUGACUUUAAAGCCCGAUUCUUGUGGGGACUGGGGGAAAGAUUCCACUGCCAGAGCUGGGCCAAGUGACAAAAUUGUAAAUUAAACUUUAAUGAAAGGUCGUUCGGGAAUCUGGGGUUCGAUCGAUUAAACUGCGGCAUUUUGUGGCGUAUUAGCGGUGCCCUGGCGCUCAAUGAGGGUAUAAAGUAUUUGCUGCUGUAAAAGCAACCACAUGUGGAUAUUACAACUGAACCAAAGUUGCGUUUACUGGCAAACAGUUGCUUAGAAAUUAGGAAGGUUUUUUUUUACGAUAUUCUUUCAACCGUCAGUUACACGUUCACAACUCCAAUCUAUGCGGAAAACCCCACUAAAACUCGAUUCCACGUACAUCCACAGCGUGGAGCUGCUUAGACAUUCUCCCUCGUCCCUCGAAUCACACCAAAGGAUUAAUGUUACCUUCGUGGUCUACACUAGUGAUGUGCUGUAUGGAGCGCACCCACGACUCCGAUCCGACUCCGACUACUAUUAGUCCGAUUCCGACUUCGGCAAAAUGGGCCCACUAGAUCCGGCCGGAGUCGGAGUUGUCCGAAGUCGCCCGGAGUCGUCCGGAGUCGCCCGGAGUCGUCUGGAGUCGCCCAGGGUCGUUAGGAGUCGGAGUCGUCCGGAGUCGUCCUGAGUCGUCUAGAAUCGUUAGGAGACGCCCGGAGUCGCCCGGAGUCGUCCGGAGUUGUCCGGAGUCGGAGUCGUUCGGAGUCGUUCGUAGUUGUCGGAGUCGUCCAGAGUCAUCUCCGGAGUCUUUCAGGAUCUAAGUUGGUCGGAUGACUCCGGAUGACUACGACUCCGACGACUCCGAACGACUUCGAAAGACUCCGAAUCCGGGUGAUUCCGAAUGACUCCGGACGACUCCGACUCCGGACGACUCCGACUCCGAACAACUCCGGGCGACUCCAGACGACUUCGGACGACUCCGGGCCUUUUCAGACGAUUACGAACGACUCCGGAUAUUGCAGCGGGGACCUACCUUCCACAGUCGAUUCCGAAUUUAUCGGGGUCGGAUCGGAGUCGACACCGGAUUUUUGCCAACUUUACCCAUCACUAGUCUACACAUCUCGCCAGCACACGGAGCACACAACAAGCGUCCUGUAUGGCUGGGCAGGAUAUAUCGGAAGGACGCCGGCGGAGUGGUUGAUUGAUUGUCGAUACAUGCAAAUAAUUUCCUUCCGCUGUUACCGGGCUGGCAAUUGAUGGGAGGCCGCCGUCAACAUCAUAGGUUAGAGCGCGCGCGCGUAUGUGGUCUCAGCAGGGGGAAGCCAAGACAAAUUUGGCAACUUUGGUGGCAGGAGCAAUGCCGCAUUCUUCUUGAACAAAAGACACACACACACCACACACUCAUAAUGUUACACUCACUACGUGCUCCAUAAACUCGCUGCAAGUAGGACGGUUAUUGCACUGAGGCGGAAGCCACCAAUUUCACACGCCUUACAUUGGGAGGGACUUCCCUUCGAAGGAGCAUUGUUCGGCGGCAAAAUCGAUGUUCAAGGUGUUUUCCCCGCACAGCAGAACAACCUUUGGUAGGGGGGGAAAUUACCCUCCAAUGUAUGUAUGUGUGCUCGUACGUGAGAAAUGUGAUGCUGCGGUAUUGAUCGAAAGGGCUUCGACGGGCAAACAUAACCGUUGGCGCAUACAAUGCCCUGCCUUACAAGAGAAAUUGCCCAAAAAGAGCUGCCAAACACGUUUUCCAAUAUUAUGUUGAUGGUAGCCUCAAAUUAAUCGAUAGUGUCCGCGCGUAUGUGUGUGUGUAUGUGGUCUCCCCACUCCCCAAAAAGCCAUUUCAAGCCACAAUCCAUUUCCAUUACGGUUCGCAGUGGGCUCUGCAUAAAAGAUCAAAGCAUGCUUUACAAACCCACUCGGUGAAUGGUUUUGUUGUGGUUUGCAGUGGUAAAGUGGUCACGGCAGAGAGGAAAAAAUCAACCGACGCAUCAUCAGUUUACGCCAUCAUGGCUCCCGUUUUCCCAUUGCACCGCCUGCCGCACGUGGCGUUCGAUAAGGAGCAACGCAUCAAAGCGGCAAUCAGCAGGGAGCGUGUCUCGUUUACGGAGAAUCUUCGCGAGUACUGCCUCAACACCACCAUCCACGGGCUGAAGUACAUCGGGACCGUAUCGCUGACGCUCUGCGAAAGGGCUUACUUUUUCCUGACCUUUCUCGUCGUCACCGCCUGCUCGAUCUACUUCAUCUCGAAUGUGUACAUCAAGUGGCAAUCGUCGCCGAUCAUCAUCGGCCUCAACCCGAUCGCGACCCACAUCCGGAACAUACCGUUUCCGGCCGUGACGAUCUGCAACAUGAACCAGCUGCGGCGCGAGGCCGCCGAGCGCAUCGAGCAGAACACGCUCGAGCAGACGGUGCUGCAAAGCAUCUGCUCGAUCGAUGGCGACUUCAACGACACACAGUACGAGGGGAAGUGGUCCGCGGUGAAGCGGAUGCUGCUGAGUGCAACGCAACCCUGCUCGGCGCUGCUGAAAGCUUGCCGGUAUGCGAAGCAGCCGGAACGCUGCUCGGAAAUAUUCCAGUCCAUCUUCACCGACGAGGGCCUCUGCUGCACGUUCAACACGCUCGACACGGUGUACAUGUUUCGGAAUGCGACCGCACCGAGCAUCUUUCCCACCGAGGUGGGCAGCAGCAGUGGCCGGUUCCGCCCGAUCCUGUGGACGCCGGAAAACGGGUACGCCGAGGAGCCGUCCAAUGCGUCCUAUCCGCGCUUCAUUGCCGGGCCGGGCGUAGCGAUGGGACUGGCGAUGGUGCUGGAUGCGAAUGCGAGCGAUUACUUCUGCUCCUCUACGUCGUCGGUUGGGUUUAAGAUCAUCUUUCACAGCCCGUCGGAAACGCCCAAGAUUACGGACUACGCGCAGUACAUCCCGGUCGGUACGGAGAAUCGGAUCAUCAUCACGCCGAAGAUUAACGACGCAGCCGACCAGAUACGGAAGGUGGCCCAGGCGCAGCGGCAGUGCGUGUUUGCGAGCGAAGCCAACCUGUCCUACUACAGCGUGUACUCGCGCAACAACUGCGAGCUGGAGUGCGAGGCGAAGCUGAUACUGGAGAACUGUGGCUGCGUGCUGUACUAUCUGCCGAAGCUGUACGAGGACACGAAGAUCUGCAGCCGGGCGAAUGCGCGCUGUUACGAGCAGAUCCGCAGCUCGAUUGCGUUCACUGCCAACACGAGCAUUUCCUGCUCCUGUUUGCCCGGGUGCUUCGAGAUUAGCUAUGUGCCGGAUUUGACCACGGCCGAGCUGCAGGUUGGUCGGUUCGGCAUACGGGAGACGCUGCUGGACAACGUGAAGGACGAGGUGUAUGCAAAGGAGAACUUGGCGCUGGUCUACAUCUUUGUGAAGGAUACGUACUAUCGCAGCUUUACCAAGGGCGAGCUGGUGGGCUUUACCGACUUUCUAUCGAACGUUGGUGGCUUACUCGGCCUCUUCUUGGGCUUUUCCAUCAUCUCACUCAUCGAGGUAAUCUACUUCGUCACACUGCGCCCAUACUGUGCAAAGCGAAAGCAGCAAUGCAUCAAUCGAAAGGAGCAAAACGUGGAAGCGAACCAUUUGACCGCUGCUCGAAACGAACUACUUUGGUUUGGCUCCAAACCAUCCACCACAACAGCGAUACAGUUUCUUGGCCGCCCAACGGACGCCGAUCGCUAUGAUGCAAACGACUAUCACCUACAUGCCGGACGCAAUGCAAUGGUAAAAGAAUUUGCCGCUAAGCUUAAGCAUCUUGUACAUUCUCGACUGCAACAGGCAAACGGUUGGGUGCGGAACACGUUCCGUUCGCGACGGACUCAGCUCGGCUUCGGCCAGGAGCGCACUGGAACGUCCUAUCCUUUCUACGACUGA